AAUAACGUCAAAAGUCAUAUGGUCUCACUGCACGGUCUUGCUGGUGAUCCAAUCAGCUAUAUGGAGCAAUAUGCGGGACAAGUGGAGGAAUUCAUGAAGAAAUGCUUUCCGCAUGUUCGUGGACGAGGUCGUCCAAUACACGCGAGUGGCCGCUUGUCACCAUCGUCUCCGUCAUCACCGCAGAGUGUUGAUUCGACACCUCAACGACGAUUGAACACCUCGAAUUCAUCGAAUAUGAUAAAUACGAAUGCGCCAUUUUUCGACGUUGAGCAAAAAUCAACACUGAAAUGUUGA